UUUGUAACGGUACGACGCUCUAGGAGUGUUAACGGUUUUCACAGCGAACACGACACAAUGGUUCGGCAUAUCCUUACGGGUGUGUCGUUGGCACUUUUGGUGCUAGCUGGUGUAACACUGGCCGACGAAUCGAAUACUCAACUGGCCACGGGUUCCAGUCCUUUCCGCAGUGAUAUUUCCUAUCAAUUUUACCAUGUUGGAACUCAACUCAGCAACGAACUUAGAAAUGUAACUAACAUUGAAUCCCACAGAGAUUACGAUGAUAUACAGUGUGGUAUUGAUGUUCAACGCAUAUUUGAAGGUCUACUAAACUACAAUGAAUGGGCUCUCAGAUUUCCCGACAGUUGGGGUCGUCUCCCGAUGGGUAUGUUGUCAGGCCACAGUAUAAGCAUGGGUAAUUAUGGUGAAUGCAAAUAUUUGACACGCAAAUUUGGCGAAAAUGAUCACGUUAACGGCCAAUAUUGUUUGGCAAAGGUGCCAAUUAAGGGGUUCUUUUCGAAGAUCAUCAAAGACGAAACUGACUUUAUAAAUUAUAAUAGUCGUGCCAUCAGCUACAAACAAAAGGAUCCUGAGAUUUUCGAAUUGGGCAUUUGUGUGCCAAGUUCCUGUUCACCACAAAUAGCCAAUGAGAUUCUGAAAAAUACUAUUAAAUAUUUCUACAAUGAAGAAAUCACACAAGAUAUGGUAACUGAACCAUUUUGUGAUAUUGAUGAGCCAAUAACAUUGCGUGGUAUUGAUAUUUUUGCCAUUAUCUUCUUUAGUUUUAUUCUCUUCUGCAUGUUGGCCAGUUCCAUUUAUGAUUACAUUAAGACCAAAAAUGGACAACCUAAGUCGCCUUUGUUCUUGUCUUUCUCUGUCCUAACCAAUGCUCCCAAAAUCUUCACUGUUAAGCCUGUUAACAAUCCCAAUGUUAUUCAUUGUCUCAAUGGUUUGCGUUGCUUCUCCAUGAUGUGGGUCGUUUUCGGUCAUGGUUAUAUGACAUUCUAUGACUUGCCACAUAUUAACAGAAAUAGAUUCUACCAGUGGACUCAAACUCCCUACUCAAUGUUGGUACAAAAUGCUACACUUUGUGUAGAUACUUUCUUCUUCAUGUCUGGUUUAUUGAUGUUGUGGGGUGCUUUCCGUGAAAUGGAAAAAACUAAAGGCAAACUUGACUUGAAAAUGAUGUACUUCCAUCGUUAUGUUCGUUUGACACCUGUCGUCGCUGUGGUCGUCCUGUACAUUAUGUCCUUGUACAAAUACUCUGGCGCUGGUCCCAUGUGGAUGAAACUCGGAACUCAAGAUAAACGUUGUGAAGAUUCUUGGUGGGCAACAUUGAUCUAUGUGCAAAAUUAUGCCUUCCCUUAUAGCAUUUGUAUCAGUCAGUCUUGGUAUUUGGCUGUGGACACUCAGUUAUAUGUUCUAUCGCCCAUCUUCCUUAUUCCCUUGUGGAAAUGGGGCAAGAAAGCUUUGGGCCCCAUUAUUCUCUUUGGCGUGCUCUGCAUGGGAUGUACUUUUGCCACAUUUAUGUACAACGACUUUACCCUCUUCCGCGUUAAUGAUGAUCACGUAGAUUUGCGUCAACGCUUGACAUACUAUCCUACACACACACGUUUCCCAACAUGGUUGAUUGGUGUUAUUUUCGGCUACUUCUUGUUCACUAAGAAUCGCGGCAAGCAAUUCCCAAUGAAGAAGCACUGGGUUGUUACUUGCUGGAUUUUGGCUUUUGGUGUGAUGCUAACAGAUUUGUGGGGUCCUUACUGGCGUAUCCUACCUGAAAAUCCAGAUGCUCCCAUUAUUGAAGGUGCCUUCUAUGAACCCUUGUCCCGUGCCUCAUGGGCCUGUGCCAUCGCAUGGAUUGUUUGGGCCUGUUACAAUGGCCAUGGUGGUAUCAUCAAUGAUUUCUUGUCAUGGGGCUUCUUUACCGGUUUCAGUCGUCUGACCUACUGCAUGUAUGUCAUUCACAGAAUUGUACAAUUGGUUACCGCUGCCCGUCUGCAAACCGAUACACAUUUCUCCGAUUACGAUAUGGUUCUCCGUUGGUGGCACGAUUUCGGCUUAACGUUGUGCGCUUCCAUGUUUGCCACUUUGGCCUUUGAAGCUCCCAUUUUGGGUAUUGAAAAGGCCAUCUUUGGCCGUGGUGAAGCCAGACCACCAAAGAAGAUCGAACCCACUACCGCCGCCGAGCCAGUUGCUGCCGAAACAGCUACUCCCGUCGAACCACCCACUAAGGCAUAAAUUCUGAAAAAGUCAUUCAUCUCCUAGACUCCUUUAUUCCUCAUCCUAUCCCAACACCCGACCUAUCAGAUAUUAUCUGAUUAUCUGAUUUUCCAAAAAACUUCCAUUUUAAUUUAUUAGAAAAUAAUCACCCUUUGUUGAUAAUGAGAACGUAUUGCAUGCGUUUGUAUUAUCAAAUGUAGAUAAUAAUUUAAACAUAUGCAUAAAAAAUACAUGAAUAUUUAUUAAAAAAAUAAUAAUUUCAAUCGUUCA